ACAUUGUUAACUUUUUGACUACAUUUGAAUUGUUAAUAUUUGUAUUUUAUUAUAGUUUCGUUUUUACUACACCUUCACCAAUUCCCCAUGUUUCUUCCUGAACUGCACUUAUGUUGUUUUACUUCAUACUAGCUCUGGGCGGCAGCCAUUUUGGUUUAUCCCUGCCUUUGAUUGCUUGACCUGUGUUGACUGGAAUUGUGCAUUUUGGUUGUGAAUUGAAGCACUCUUCCAGAAUUGAAAACACUCUGUGUUAUAGAGCGACCAAUUAUUACCUUUUGAACGAAUCUGUACGUGAUCUAUCCAGUCAGGAUAGAAUAACAUUUAUUUGUGGUGAUUGGUAAUUUUCUUGCAUUCUUUAUCAACUUUCUUAUUUAUUGUAGUUUAGAUUUGAUCAAUUAAACAAUUAUUGGUUGGAUAGCUGUGUGGUUAUAUUUGUUUAGAACCGCUAUCUUACCCAAUUACCUUGUUCUGAUUUCAAACGGGCAAGGGCGCGUAUCCAACUUAUCCAAGCAGCUGUCCAGCAGUCCAAACGUGGUUUGGAUCCUAUAGUUCUAAACAAAUAUUACUUGGCCGAAAUCCUUUGGUAAUCGUUCACGGAUUUUCUGGAAAUAAUUGGUCGUGUCGCUUAUAAUGCCAGUUAAUCGUCGAAGGAGAUCAGGCUCAAAGUUCGUCGAUGUUAACGAAGAAUCUCCUAUUGUCAAGCAAGUGCCUUUUGACGUCCUUAAGGGUCAUGGUUCGGACUUAAAUAGGGUUAAUUAUCAUGGCAGUGAUUCGAGUCUUAAUUCGAUGUCAGAUGAUGUAAAAAAUCUUAGUUUAAAGGAGGAGCAAAGGUCUGAAUUACUAGGAAAGAGCAUGUUGCCUAUAGUCCAUGUUGUUGUCCCAGAGCUACCUAAGGUUGAACUGAGUUAUUUCGAUGGAGAGCCAAGAGGUUACUGGAAGUUUAUAAAGCAAUUCGAGACGUAUGUAGCCUCAAGAGUCACGGAUGAUAGCCAGCGCUUACUCUAUUUGAUACACUACUGUAAGGGCAAGGCUAAAACAGCUAUUGAAGGUUGCGUCAUGAUGGAGGCAUCCUCUGGCUAUAAAAGAGCAAGGGAGAUUUUAAAACGUUUUUUCGGACAGCCUCACGUAAUUGCUCGAGAAACACUAGAGGACUUAUUCAGUGCUGUGAAUUUUGAAAAUAUUGACGGGGACCAACUAUUAAACUUGGUUAUUAAAAUGGAAAACUGUGCCAUGGUCUUGAAACAGAUGAAUUAUACUUCUGAUCUAAAUUCCUUAGUUACCUUGGAAAGAAUAGUGAGACUCUUGCCUCAACCUAUGCAAGCCCAGUGGGCGGACUGGGUGGAUAAAUUGACUGAUGAUAACAGAGAACCGACCUUCGACGAGCUCACUCAGUUUAUCGCAUCGCGUGCGAGAGUGGCUUGUAGUAGAUUUGGACGGUUAGCAAACCGUUCUAGAAAAGGACAUAACGUAAAGACGAACUGUCACGUGCAAUCAGAGCAAGGGAAUAGUUCGACAAUGAAAACUAAAUGUAGUAUGUGUUCCUACGACCAUGCCAUUGAUAAAUGUCCACAGUUCUUAGCGCUUACAGUUCAAGACCGAUGGUCUCACGCUAAAAGCAAGGGUAUCUGUUUCAUCUGUCUUAGACAAGGACAUAAGGUUAAUGAAUGUAAGAUGACAAGGCUCUGUAAAGUUGACAGUUGCGAGAGGAGACAUCACGCUCUGCUGCACACUGACUCGACAAGCAACGUCGUAAAUGAUAAGCCAUCAUGCCCGGAAUAUAGAAAAAGAGUUGUUAAUCAUACCAGUAAGAUACAGACAUUAGAGAACGAAAUACGUAAGCCUUAUGACGUAGAGUUUUCAGAUGCUUAUUCAAGUGAUAAAUCAUUAUCAGUAGACGACAAGGUGGCUAUAAAGAUUGUGGAAGGUGGCACGCGCUUCGGCGACGGUCAUUUUGUAGUUUCUAUACCUUGGAAAAAGAUUCCAGAUAUGAAAGUGAAUAAUUAUGAAGUACCAAACCGUAGAUUACAAAGUUUGAAGGGUAUGUUGUCGAGGGAUGUCAGUCUGCACAUCAAGUAUAUCAAAAGUACUGAAAGUGAUUUUACUAAGACUUAUGCGGAGAGGGUCUUUGAAAUAUAUCUGCAGUCUUAUUAUCAUCCUCGAUGGUAUUUACCUCAUCGUGCAGUAUUAAACAUGAAAAAACCAGAUUUUAGAGUGGUCCUUGAUUGUGCCGCCCAGAUUGCAGGGGUUCCCCGAAAUGAUAUGAUUUAUCAAGAACCCGAUACCACCGCUGAGUUAAUGUGUAUAUUAUUAGGUUUUCGCAAGGAGGCAGUUGCAAUCCCUGCAGAUGUUGAAGAAAUGUUCAUGCAAGUGAAUGUCCCUGAGUCUGAUCGAAGAGCUUCAAGAUUUCUGUGGUGGCAGGAGGGGGACAUGUCGAGAGAACCGUCUGAGUUUCAAAUGACAACUCAUGCAUUUGGUGCCACAUCAUCGCUGUUUCGUGCGAACCUUGCCUUGAAUAAGACGGCCCAAAUAUUCUCUGACGAUUAUGAUAGUUAUGUCGUAGAUACUGUCAAGAAUAAUUUCUAUGUUGAUGAUUGCUUGAUAUCUAUUCCCACUUGUGAUCAGGCAAAGAGUUGCGUUAAGCAUAUAAGUGGAUUAUUAUGUAGAGGAAGUAUACAAAAAAUGACCGAUCUUGAAUCAUGGUUCAAAUGUCCUACUCUAUUGCAUGGCGAAUUUUAUAUAACAAUCACUGACUGUCCGGAACCUACUCUUGACGAUAUUGAGUUUAGAAAAACUGCUGUGGUUAACUUGAGUAGUAUAAAGUACAACAAGACACCUGUUCUCUUUUAUUAUUCCGAGUGGUUGAAAUUAGUCAGAGCUGUAACCUGGUUUAAAAGGUUUAUCGAAUUCCUGAUGGUACUUCGUUUGCCGAGUUGUGAAGGAUCCGUUCAUCUAGGAUGUUUAAAGGUCAAAGAGCUUGAGAUUGUCAAGCGUAAGAUUUUAUUGAUGGUUCAGAGAGAAGUGUAUGGAGAAUUACUUAGUGAAUUUAAGAACAGCAGUAAAGUAGUAAGCCAUGAUGAUCUGAAAGGUUUAUCGUUGAUGAUGCUUGAUGGGUUACUCUGCGUUGGAGGUCGACUAAGAUACUCAGAUUUCCCAGAUGCUUUUAAACAUCCAGUAAUUUUACCCAGUCGACACUUAGUGACGGAAAUGAUAGUUAGACAUUGUCAUAAAGAACAAGGACACAUAGGAAGAUCAUUAGAAAAAGGGUAUGGAUAUGUGUUUACUUGUUUGCAAACAUGGGCAGUACAUAUUGAAAUGAUGUGUAGUUUGAUUACUGAUUCAUUUUUAAUGGCUCUAUUACGUUUUAUUGGAAGAAGAAGGAAACCUCCGGAGAUAUACAGUGACAGUGCGUCAAGCUUCGUGGUGACAGUUUCUGAGUUAAGCAAGUUGGUGCAGCAGUCGAAUCAGAAGAUAAACAUUGAAUUGUCAGCGAAGCGCUCAUCCAACAGCAUGGGUGGAGUUUGGGGAAGAGUGAUUAGGUGUAUAUCACGACUGUUAUUGUUGAUCACCAGAGAACAGGUGAAGCAGGUCUCCUUGAAGCUUUGGAUUAGUCUUUGUUGUUAUUAAUGUAGUUAGGUCGAGUAGGCGUACUGUUGUAAGUCCUACUCGUUCCUAUGGUGUGGUAUGUUAUAUAAUGAACCAUGACCGUAGGCGUCAAGGUAGCUUGUGUGAUAUGGAGGGAUUUUGGGGGCCGGUGUAAGAUCCAUUUUGAGUGCCUUGUGUGUUUGUGAAAAUCCCUCCAUGUAUAUACUUACACUUUGUUCCUAUUGAUUCUUUUAGUUGUACAUUGUUAACUUUUUGACUACAUUUGAAUUGUUAAUAUUUGUAUUUUAUUAUAGUUUCGUUUUUACUACACCUUCACCAAUUCCCCAUGUUUCUUCCUGAACUGCACUUAUGUUGUUUUACUUCAUACUAGCUCUGGGCGGCAGCCAUUUUGGUUUAUCCCUGCCUUUGAUUGCUUGACCUGUGUUGACUGGAAUUGUGCAUUUUGGUUGUGAAUUGAAGCACUCUUCCAGAAUUGAAAACACUCUGUGUUAUAGAGCGACCAAUUAUUACCUUUUGAACGAAUCUGUACGUGAUCUAUCCAGUCAGGAUAGAAUAACAUUUAUUUGUGGUGAUUGGUAAUUUUCUUGCAUUCUUUAUCAACUUUCUUAUUUAUUGUAGUUUAGAUUUGAUCAAUUAAACAAUUAUUGGUUGGAUAGCUGUGUGGUUAUAUUUGUUUAGAACCGCUAUCUUACCCAAUUACCUUGUUCUGAUUUCAAACGGGCAAGGGCGCGUAUCCAACUUAUCCAAGCAGCUGUCCAGCAGUCCAAACGUGGUUUGGAUCCUAUA